AUGGGAAAUUGUCAUUCGGAUACAGCGAUCAAUACAGAGGAUGAGGAUGGGAGCAUGCCACCGAGUCCCGUAUCGAUCGCGUCUCAUCGAUUUUUUAAUGUCCGUCCGGCGCAGAUUGUACACGAAGCAUCAAAGAGUUCCUUUGAAUCUUGUGGUAUUUCUGAGACCAAAAGGCUCCAAUCUCAGUAUUCUUACAUGUCAAAUCUAUGGGAAUCAAAGUUUUACUCCCCCAUCAAUCAAAAAUUGCGAGAUGGAGGAAUGAAAGUGCUCGACAUCGGGUGCGGAACUGGAGAGUGGAUCCUUGAUAUGGCUAGAGAAUAUCCAAACACCAAAUUCUAUGGUCUGGACUUGUCACCGAAUUAUCAGACAUCCUCUCUUCCCGAGAAUGUGGAAUUUUAUCAAGGCAACUUACUCGAAGGAUUACCAUUCGAGGACGUUACUUUUGACUUCGUGCACAUGAGUCUUUUGGUUAGGUGGCUGACCACAAAGCAAUGGGAAGAUGUGGUGAUUAGAGAGUUGGUGAGAGUGACCAAACCCUUUGGAUUUAUUGAGCUAAUGGAAGGAGAUCUGACUUUGCACAAUCAAGGACCGGUUACCAUGAAAUUACAGGAGGCGUUCCUUGCAUCGAUGCACGCCAGGGGUAUCAGCCCGAUGAUAGAGACGAUCAUCACCAGAAUUCUCACAACGAACCCCUACUUGGAAGACCUCCAUGUUGAAACGCGAACAGGCCUCUUAAACAAAUGGGACGGAUUGAAUAGCUUGGAAAACGGUUUGCAAGUAUUCAAAACGUUAAAAAAAUCAAACCUGGAAUUUAUGAGUGUCACCUCGUCAGAAUAUGAUGAUAUGCUUACAUCCUAUGUCAAAGAAGUCGAAGAAUAUAACACCCAUUGUAAAUUUUAUCGAUUCUAUGUACGAAAAGUUGAUCAUGCUAAUGCACAUAACCAUUUCAAUGAAACCAUAAGAUCAUCGUCUACCCACUUUAGGAAUGCGUCCAAGAGUAAUCCCCCCUCACUCUCGAGAAACCAUAGUACUAACACCAAUAAUAUUUUUUCUUCAUCAACUUCUCAAACUUCAAGGAGGAGUUCUCUUAAGACGAAUUCUUUACGCAGUGUAAAUUCUUUAAAAAGAUAUUCUUCCAAACAAAAAUUGUAA